ACGAACAAACAACAGGAACGAAAACAGUGGUUUUCUUCUGACCCCGCUCUGCGAACCUUUCAUGAUCUUGGCAGUUCAUGUGACUUGGUUUCCGCUGCCUGCCUGCUUCCGCAGAUACUAAUUUAAUCCUUGCAGAAAAAUCAAGCAGCCGUAGCCCAGCUUUGAUAGUGAACUUAUACUACGGCGGACAGAGGUGUGCAAGCAGCAGCUGAAGUCAGAGGCACCAUGGUAGCGCGACGAUCUGCCAGGGACAUAAAAGGAGGUUAAAGCGAUCCACCCACUGAUGGUUCUAAGAUGCCGGUUCUGCACUACAUACUCUGCCUGCUGUGUCUCACUCUCGGUCAACACUGGAACAUACUGACCUCAGCUUCCAUUUAUCCCCAUCAUGUCUGCUGCAAACUGGUGCAGCGGACCGCGGUGUGCAGUGGCUGUCAGUCGUCAGGUGUACCCCUAGACCUUCCAGAGAACAUCGAGGAGCUUCGGUUGAACGACAACCACAUCAGUGUGCUGAGGAACAACACACUGACGCCUUAUACUCACCUCAAGAUCCUGAGCUGCGCCAGAAGCAGUUUGGAGGCUGUUGAGCCAGGAGUCUUCACCAGUGCUUCUCGCAUAGAAAACCUCAACUUUGCCAAAAACAACCUUCGUUCAGGCUUCCAGCAGACAGGCCAAGCUCUCCGGCUCUUGUCUGGAUUGAGAAUCCUGGAUCUUACUCAGAAUGGUCUGACUGAAGACAUGGCAUCUUUCCUUCUACAAAAUCUAACCUCACUUGAGUACCUGUCCCUCUCCAGAAACCUCCUUCUGAGGCUUGACCAGUCCAUAUUCAGCAGCCUUCAUCAGCUGCGAGAGUUGAACCUGGAGAGGAACAUGCUUUUUGAGAUCGAGGACGGAGCCUUCCACAGCUUGCAGAAGCUGCAGAGGCUCAACAUGGCCUUCAACCUCCUGCCUUGCAUUGCCAACUUCGGGCUCACGCAGCUAGUGGUGCUGAAUCUCAGCCACAAUUCCAUUGAGUGGUUCAUUUCCAUCCCAGACAUGGAUGAAAUCUUCCAACUGGAGACUUUAGACCUUUCGGAUAACAAGUUGUUUUUCUUCCCUUUUCUUCCAAACCGCAGUCGCCUUCGGAAUUUGAUGCUGUCCAACAAUAUGUUGAGUUUUUAUGAACACCUCACAAACAAUAACUCUCUAGACUGGCCCACCACUGUUCAGUUUUAUAAUUUGAACAGCAAUGUCACUAAUGUUACCACAGCCAAGCUGUGGGAUGAAAGCUUUUAUAGCGUAACCUCAUCACUGGACUUGCUGGACUUGAGCCGAAACCAAGUGCGGUACCUGCCCCCCGGUUUCUUGAAUAAAAUGCCUUCUUUGUCAAGGCUUAGGCUAGGAAAGAACUGUUUGGAAUCCUGGGAUUUAACUUCUGAGGAGAUCCCAGCUUCUCUUUAUGAGCUGGACCUAAGCAACAACUUGUUGACAGAGCUCCGUGCCAACCAAAGUUUCCUGCAUGUGCUGCCCAACCUGACACACCUCAACCUCAGCUCUAACCAUUUACAAAGAAUCCCUCCCAGGGUGUUUACUGGUCUGCGCAGCCUCACCACUGUGGACCUCAGUUAUAAUAAAGUUGGCAUCUGCUCCAUGGAGAAAGAGAGCACAGACUACUCCGACUGUGCUGUGUGGAGAAAUCUCAGUUCGCUGCGCCAUCUCUACUUGUUAGAGUGUGACUUGCAAAAGAUCCCGCCAUGGGCUUUUCAGAAGACGCCAAUAACACAUUUGGAGCUUUCAAACAACCCAGAAUUCCUACUUGAACAGGAUACUUUGUUAGAGCUCAGUACAACUGUGCAACAUUUGGGCCUUGGAAACACCAAGAUGAAACAUCUUGACUUCACCCCAUGCAGAAACCUAAGGUCCCUAGAUAUAUCCAGAAAUGUCCUGAAUCACCUCCCAGACUCCAUACUGAGACUCAGUCUUAAGUGGUUGAACUUGAGAGACAACAAGUUGUCCACAAUCCCUGUUGACCAGGCAAGAACAUUAAGCCACACAGUACAGACUCUUCUCCUUGGUGGGAACCCCUUCAACUGCUGCCAUCUGGCCUGGUGGACUAUAUUUCAGGAAACAGGGGGCAUAAACAUUGAGGACAGGACAGAGGUGUCAUGCCUUCAUUCCACACCACAGAUACACAAGGUGGAACACCUUGACCCUCACAUGUGUGGAAAUAACAGUGAAGAACCCACUUGGGUAUACAUCCUGCUUUUUCUCCCAGUGUGCCUCUCUCUCCUGGGCAUCUGCACUGUCUUUUAUCUCUCCUUCAAGCCCACAUUGUUGCCCAAGGUGAUCAAGGAGAGGUGCUGGAGACCCACGCCGUAUUAGCAUUAAAUACCUGCCGCUGCUUAUGAAAGAAAUAAAUAAAAGUUAUAGUUCCGCAUAAAA